AUAAUUUGAAUCAAAUCCAAAUGCAAAAUCUAUUAAUUUUCAAACUGGCUCUUUGAGGCAAUUCCAUCAUUUGAAAUUAAAUGACAGUUUCCAAAUAAAAUAUAAGAAAAUUUUACAUGGACUAUACAUUUCAAAUUAUUUUUUUUUACGAGUAAAUCAAAGAAUAAAAAAUAACAAAGCAUCCUACUAAGAAUUAUUCACAUAUGCUACAAGUUCCGUACCCAAAUUUUAUUCUUAGAAUUAUUUCAAUUAUUAAUUAAACAAAUAUUACGAAACUUCCCUUAAAAAAAAAAAAAAAAUCCCAAAAGUUACUGUACCCUUAAAAUCGACCUCGUUAACAGCAUGACCGGCAAAAACCGGUACCCUUCCCAAAAUCACCGGCAGCUGAUUCCCACAUGUAAGAGUUUUUUAGUCCACGUCACUCACUUGCUUGCAACGGCCACGUGUCGGUUGAUCAACCCCCAAUUUGUAGGGUUCUUCCUAGUCAGCAUUUCUUCGUAUUCCCCCAAACUUUUGGCAAACUAUUGGAAAUUUCUGUUCUACGACCUUUUCCUUUUUCCCCCAAUUGUAUUUUCUCUCUCUUCUUUUUUCUUCAGACUUCAUUAAUGGCGUCGUCUUCUUUGCCCUAAUUUCUCCAAUCAGCCGACUUUUCUGUCUAAUUGAUCGUUGUUUUCAAGCUUAUUUCUUGGAGAUUUUGAUUGUAUAACUUCUUGUAGGGGAAGCUGCUGUUUGUGCUCUUUGUAUAUACGAUUAAUUGGAGGAUUUCGAGACGAUUUUUGGGUGAAUUUUUAGUUGAUUCGAGGUUUUCUGUGGGUUGUAAUCAUAUGUAGGGUAAAUUGGGGAGGUGGAAAAUCCCUCCUCUUUAAUGGCAGAAGAUGGUGUAUGGGGUAGUGGAUUAUCGUCAGGGUUAGCGCUAAUACUUAACGGUGAGGAUAAGAAAGCGAAUUGUCAAAAGAAUCGUCUAGUUUCAUAUCAUGAUGAUUUCGGGCACCAGUCAUUGGAACGAACACUGGAAUAUAUUUUCGAUCUUCCUUCUCGAUCAAUAGGACCAGUGAGCGGUUCAUUGGAUGUUACUAUAGUCCAUUCUAUUGUCAAACGUUUUCUUCUAAAGUUUCCGUCAUCUCUGAGCUCUCAACUUCAGGAUAGGGAUGGUAUCUCUAUAUUUGACCGUGGACAUGGGCAUGUUGUUUCUAUUGAUGAAUCCAGUACAUGUGGGGAUUUGCGGAAAGUUAGUCCUCCUUUGCUCUUGGAAAGUCUAGCUAUUUUUAGCAGUGCCAGAGCAAAUGCAUGUGUGUGGGAAGGCAAAUGGAUGUAUGAAGUGAUGCUAGAAACUGCUGGGAUACAGCAGCUUGGUUGGGCAACAAUCUAUUGCCCUUUCACUGAUCGUAUGGGUGUGGGUGAUGCUGAGGAUUCUUAUGCAUUUGAUGGUAAAAGGGUUAAAAAAUGGAACGAGGAGGAUGAGGGAUAUGGUCAGCCAUGGGUCGUCGGUGAUGUUAUAGGAUGUUGCAUAGACUUGGAUGAGGAUAGGAUACUUUUUUACAGGAAUGGUAUUUCACUCGGGGUUGCAUUUGCCGGCAUUCGAAAGAUGAAUCCUGGUCUAGGUUACUUUCCUGCAGUCUCCUUAUCGCAGGGUGAAAGGUGUGAUCUGAAUUUUGGCGCGCGGCCCUUUAAGUACCCAAUUGAAGGUUUCCUUCCCCUACAAAAUCCUCCACCUGCAACUUCACGUGCCUCCCAGCUGUUGCAAUGCUUAUCAAGGUUGUUGGAAAUAGAACGCAUGGAAAGGGCCAAGUUCACUUCCGUUGAUAAAUUGAGAAGGUUGCAGAGGUUUGUUCCACUGGAUGACAUCUUUCACCCUGUUGCUGAUGCAAUAUGUGAUGAAUUCUUCUCUAUACUGGACGGAGAUGAUAGGAGCUUGGAGUAUAUAGCAUGGGGUCCAUUAUUGUCAUUUCUAUUGGAUAUAUACGGUCUUCAUUUACCACAUGAUCAUCGGAGCUUAGACAAAGUCGUUGACGUGUUUCUAAAAUUUAGAAGCUCAAGCUUGCUUUUUCAGCAUGUAAUUGGUGCCCUUUCUUACAGUUGCAAAACAGCUUCAUUAGUUUUAACUGAGUGCCCAUAUUCAGGACCAUAUCCAUAUCUUGCCCUGGCUUGCCAUUUGUUGAGAAGAGAGGAGUUGAUGGUGCUCUGGUGGAAGUCAUCUGAGUUCGAGUUUCUCCUUGAAGGUUUUUUGUCAUGGAAAAGUCCUAACAAGCAUGAUCUUCAAUUGAUGAUGCCUUCUGUUUGGUGGCCUAAUUCAUGCGAGGAUGUUUCUCAUGAAAGCAGUAUGAUGCUAACCACUACAGCUCUGUCAGAUGCAAUAUGCAAGAUUGAGGAGAAGCACCGAGAUCUCUGUUGCCUGGUUAUCCAGUUCAUUCCACCUGUGACACCUCCUCAGUUUCCUGGUUCAGUUUUUAGGAAGUUCCUGCAGAACCUUUUAUUGAAAAUUGGAGGAGCAGACCGUAACAUGACCCCUCCUGGGGUUCUUGGAAACACCGUCCUUGUUUCCUUGUAUGCUGUUAUCCUUCAUUAUCUUUCAGAAGGUUUUCCUAUGGCAGAAAUUUGUGGAUGGUCUAAGGGCCACAGAGAUGAUGCUAAAGAGGUAGUUGGUUUUCUACAUAGGGGUGGUCAGCUCAGUUUUCCAAUUGAGUUGUUUGUGAAAAAUGAUCCUAUGAGGAUUGACAUUCCCAGAAUUGGAGGAUCUUUUAACAAUUUGUUAGAACUGCAUUCCGUUCUUGACCGGGAGUCUGAAGUAAUUUCUUGGGAAGAAGGUUGCAUGGAUGAUAAAGACACUAGAGUAACACAUUUUACAAGGCAGAAGCCAUGUUGCUGUUCUAGCUAUGAUGUUGAUUUCACAAGAAUCUACCGUGAUCCAAUUAGAUUUAGAGCCAAAGGUUCUCGUGGCCAUAGCUCUUCAAUUCCUGAGCGAUCUGCUCAUGUUGCUGCUGAAUGCAGUACUGGAAGUUUAAAUGAGGAAAUUGAAGACAAGUCUAGUUCAAGUGAGCAUCCUCACUCUCAGUUUGGGUAUCGAUCAGUGCAACCAUCAAGAACAGUACCUGAAGGAAGUAACAUCUCUUCAGCCACAUUGAGAGAGGAGGAACUUCUUGAUGUUAUGCUAUUUUUGUACCAUGUAGGGGUCUCUCCAAAUUUGAGGCAGGCAUCAUACUACAUGUCACAUCAAUCACAGUCGAUAUCACUGUUGGAAGAAACAGAUAGGCAAAUAAAAGAAAGACCAUGCCAUGAGCAACAAAAACGGCUAAAAGAGGCGCGGAAUAUUUACAGGGAGGAAGUUAUUGACUGCGUAAGGCACUCUACAUGGUAUCGUAUCUCUCUAUUAUCUCGAUGGAAACAAAGAGGAAUGUAUGCUGCUUGUAUGUGGAUUGUGCAAUUGCUUCUUGUGGUCAGCAAAGAUGACACCUUGUUCAGUUUUGUUCCUGAAUUCUAUCUAGAAGCUCUGGUUGAUUGCUUUAACGUGUUACGAAAAAGUGAUCCACCAUUUGUCCCUUCUUCUAUUUUUAUCAAGCAAGGAUUAACUUCAUUUGUUACAUUUGUCGUCACCCAUUUUAAUGAUCCCCGUAUAUCGAGUGCUGAUAUAAAAGACGUGCUUCUCCAAUCUAUGUCGGCAUUAGUACAGUACAAAGAAUAUUUGGUUUCUUUUGAAACCAAUCAUGCAGCCACCCACAAGAUGCCAAAAGCCUUGUUAUCAGCUUUUGAUAACAGGUCCUGGAUUCCAGUGACUAACAUUCUUUUAAGGUUGUGCAAGGGUUUUGGUUUUGGUUCUUCAAAACAUGGGGAGACAUCAUCUUCUUCAGUAGUUUUCCAGAGAUUGUUGCGUGAUGUGUGUGCUGAAGAUGAAGAACUAUUUGCUGCUUUCUUGAAUCGCUUAUUCAAUACCUUGAGUUGGACAAUGACUGAGUUUUCUAUUUCUAUUCGAGAAAUGCAAGAAAAGAACCAUGUUUUGGAGUUCCGGGAGAGAAAAUGCGGUGCAGUUUUUGAUUUGUCUUGCAAACUUGCUCGUAUCCUGGAGUUCUGUACGCAUGAGAUUCCUCAAGCAUUUCUUUUAGGAAAUGAUAUGCAUCUCCAAAGGUUGACCGAGUUAGUCAUCUUUACACUUAAUCAGAUGACAUCAACAACUGAUUCUGAGUUUUUUGAUUGGUCAGUUAAACGACAUGGUCAGUCUCCGGAGAAAAUAAAUCGGGGUAUGAUAUUGGCUCCCCUUGUUGGCAUCAUAGUGAAUUUGGUUGAAGCCAGUACAGAAGUUGAAUCUAGUGAGCAGAAUGAUAUCAUCGAAGUUUUGGCUAAGAUGGACUGCCCAGCAACUGUUCUUUUUGGCCUUCAGUAUAUGUUGGGGUUCAACUGGGCUGGUUUUUCAAAGGGGAAUGUUCACUUUGCUAAGUUGAGGCAGCUUGAGGAGUUCUUAACCUGUCUUAUUAGCCGUAUGGGGUCCCGAGAUUUGGAGACUUCUGCUUUCUUGCAAGAAUCAGAAUUCGAUGACAGUAUGUGCUGUAUCUGCUAUACUUCUGUGGCUGAUGCCCAGUUUGUUCCUUGUUUACACCAAUCGUGCUAUGGGUGCAUUACUCGACAUCUCUUGAAUUGUCAAAGAUGCUUCUUUUGUAAUGCCAUAGUCGUUGAAGUCAUCAAGGAUGAAACAAGAACUAUUUAAAUAUCAAGUUUACAGUUCUAGUUUAUUAAUUUUUUUGUUCUUCGAGAUUUGCACUGGUUCUAUUAUUGUCAGUUGAUCUCAGCCUGGUGCCAGCCGCUUUUUUGCAACCUAAGUAGCCUCAACAACAUUGAAGCUAUUUUAAGCGCGCAGAAGCUGAAGACCUAAAAUGUCCUAGGAAGGGGCAACACCAGAGAAGGAAGUCUUAAAAGGGAGCAGGGAGGAAAAUAAUAUAUUCUUCGUAAGUAGUAUAGAAAUUUUAGUUCGGUUCUCAGUAUGUAAAUAUGCAUGUAGGGUCAAGGAUGGCCAUGGACAGUGAAGAAAACCAUGGAUAUGGGAAAUUUUUGUAGAGACUGUUGAGGGCAUUAUUAUGUAAAUACGAAAUGGAAUGGGAAUAAAAAUUCGGAGCUGUUUGUGACUCUGUCAAUCUAAUGGAAACAGUCCAACAGUGUAGUGCUUCGCCUAUUAUUUCUUAUUUUUUUGUUCGCCUCAUGGUUCAAAAAUCAGAAUGCGAGAGCUCCAAAUGAGCAGAAUAUAUAGCCUGGGUGUAUCGAGAGCUGGAUACGCCAUGGUGUAUAAUGAAAACCAAGCAAGGGGACCUAAACAAUUGUUUUGUUUUUGCAAAAAGAUUUACUUGUAUACUGUAUACUUGAUACAA